UUCAUCUUGUAUAUGCCUUCUCACUUCGCUUCCAAACUCACUUCAGUUCUCGCUCUCUUUCUCCAACAUGAAGCCACCACCGCUCUUCCUCCUCCUCCUCCUUUUCCUUUUUUCUACCACCACCACCUCUGCCGCCGCUUCCACAACAAAUGUCACCAAACCUGCUACUCCAACACUCUCCCCAACGCCACCCACCACCAAAGGUCCCUCUUCUUCCUCCUCUACUCUAGACCCCAAGCAAAUUCGAGCACUUCAAUCCCUCAACAUCGCCACCGCAAGAGACCCUUGCGUUCAACCUUCCCCUAACAACGCCACCGUCUGCGACACCUCCAAGCCUUUCCGCCACCUCGUUUCCCUCCACCUUUCCAACUGCUCCUCCAACGUUUCCCUCUCCUCCGCAGCUCUCAAGUCCCUCUCUUCCCUCCACUCCCUCUCCUUCACCAACUGCCACGCCUCCCCCAUCCGCUUACCUUCCGAUCUCUCUUUCUCCUUGACUUCCUUCUCUUGCAUUCACUCUCUCCGCCACCUCACCGCCGUCUGGCUCUCACGAUUCGUCAACCUCACUGAUCUUACAGUUUCCUAUACCCCAAUCAACACUCGCGGUCUUUAUGUAAUCCUCGGAAACAUGCAUAAGCUCAAGACUCUCACCAUUUCCCACGCAAAUCUUUCCGGUUCCCUUCCGAGACACCUCCAUCUGAAUCUUACCCAUGUUGAUUUAUCCAACAACAAGCUCAAGGGGAAGAUACCAACUUCCCUUACCCUUCUUGAAGACCUCGAAUUCUUGAAUCUUUCUUCAAAUGGGCUAAACGGGGUGAUUCCCACCGAGUUCGGCGACUUGAUAUCGUUGAAAAAUAUAUCAUUGGCUACCAAUUCGUUUUCCGGGACAAUCCCGGAUUCCAUGUCAGCUAUUCCAGGCUUGAUUCACGUUGAUCUGAGUAACAACCAGCUAAAAGGCACUGUUCCGAGUUUUUUCUCUGAGUUGAAAAAGCUGAAAGUUUUGAACCUUGAGAACAAUGAGCUUCAUGGGGUUAUACCUUUCAACGCUAGUUUCAUAAAGAGAUUGGAUGUUCUCAAGCUUGGCGGGAAUGGUAAUCUGUGUUACAAUCAGUCUUCUUUGUCAUUGAAAAUGAAAAUCGGGAUUGCUCCUUGUGAUAAGCAUGGCUUGCCGAUAUCGCCGCUGCCUUCUAAGGAGUCUUCGAGAGACAGUGGGAGUGAGUCUUCGGAUUAUGGCGAUGACGACAACGACGGUGGUGGUGGUGGUGGUGGUAGUGCCGACAAUACAAGUGAGAAAAAGGAACAUCAUCACGGACCAAACAAGGUUGUGCUGGGUGUUGCUAUUGGGGUGUCUUCAAUUGUCUUCCUCAUUGUUUUCUUGCUGCUUCUCUCAAAAUGGUGUGGUUGAAAGAGGGAUAAAAACAAGAACUUUUGAUUAUUGAACAGGUUCUUAGAGCAGAGGUAAUUGAUAUUUGAUACACUUGAUUUAUGAGAAAAAAGGGUGACUAUGGACUAUGGGUGGAAUUUUGUGGGGAAAAAGAAAUCAGUUUGAACUGUGAUAAUUUUUUACUGCGUUUUUGGUCAUUGAAUGGUUAAAACAAGAGUGAUUUCCAUUUUUCUGUUGUAUGAAGUGA